AUGGCUGAGCCACAAGGGGAAGAUAAAGCGAACAGACGACAAACAGAUGACAGCGAACCAAGAACCAAUGACGUCGACCAUGGACAGAAGGGCCGCGUAGUGAGCCGGCGCAUUUGUCACUCCAUGUGUCGCCAUGCAGUACGACAACAGCGUCGAGUUGAAACGACUGCGUUCAGCAGCGAGAAUCCGUUGACCGUCCGAAUGGUGACAAGCAAAGACCAACGAGCCUCCAUCCUGCACCUCCAUCUGGCUGGAUGCACUGCAAAGACCAUCUCCAAGCAGCUCCAGAUUCCCUUAAGAACCGUGUACAACAACGUCAACAGGUACAAGGCGACAGGAACUAUGGAGGACAAGCCUAGAAGUGGAAGACCGAAGAGUGCAACGACAAAGGAGAUCGUGAAAAUCAUUCGAGAGAAAAUCCGCCGCCACCCUCGUAGGUCCGAGAGAAAAAUGGCUCUUGAGGUGGGUAUUUCUGCUCGAUCUGUUGGAAGGAUUGUCACCAGCCACCUUCGACUUCGCUCUUAUAAGAUCAGAAAAGCUCACAUGCUAACUGAACUGCUCACAUGCUAA